GUUUUCGAAGUCUGCUUGUCUACGUGUUAAGCGAUCAAACAGACUCCAGAUUCUUAAGAAAGAAAGAGUCAUACAAGUCUUAUACCAAAAUUAUGGCGUCGGCAUCCAUAUUCACCUUCGACGAGACUGAGCCGCGAGUAUCAUCGCCAUGGCUCAAGCGGCUCGAUUCGCAAAACAGCUCUAGAGCCCCAUCAGUCAACCAGAAGUUCGUCGCUGAUUCUGAACCUGCUGCAUAUCUGGAUGAUGUUGGCCAUGUCACCAGACUUGAGGCGGAACCUCAAAAAGGUCCUGUGGAGUACAAACUUCAUCUGCUGAUUCGACCUCGUCGCAAUUAUACAAAUAUGAGCACUGUGACUCGAAUAUCUGGCUCGAAACACUCCAAGUACAACGGGCCUGCACGUACAGCUUCCGAAACUGUACUGCCAGCGACAAGUGCUUCGCCAUCUGUAACGCCGAACUACAGGCAAGACAGAUUCGAACACCUGACUACCCAGCUUCUCUGGAGACUUGGACAAUCUUGUCCGCAUCACUCAAAUACAUCCACCAGUCUCACUCUGCCACAGUUGCCAGAAAGUACAACCGAAUUGCAAGCUCCUCCAAAACCAGAACCUAUACAUCCUGGUCUUGAGGAGAGUGAGGGGGCACUCUACGAGAUUGGUGUCUCUGAUGAUGGCACGCUUGUUGGGCUCGCUGAGGACGAGAUGCAGGACAGCCUCAACAAUCUGCGCGCUAUGGCCGCCAGUUUGGGUUGCAUCGUUGAAGUUCAACGAAUGGUGAAGGUCGGAAGUUGUACUUAUAUGGCACAGGUCCAUGACAAACCAUCUUCUGUUCUGGUUGAACACACAAGCGACCUCCUUGUUGCAGAAGCGCUAGUAAGACCCAACCUGUCGUCCGGCACAGACAAUGUUUGCGCAACUGGGUCAAGUACGGUCACUGAAGAGCUUGUUCCUGAGUCCAGAUCUGCAAAGCAGCUCCGGAUUACUUUUACGGGAGCGACUAUGUCUGGCAAGUCUUCUUUACUGGGCACGCUAUCAACAACUACGCUAGACAAUGGUAAAGGUUCGAGCCGUCUGAGUAUGCUCAAACACCAGCACGAAAUCACAUCUGGUAUCACUAGCUCAGUCACACAAGAGCUGAUCGGAUAUUCUCCGGCGUCAAAUGGCGAUGUACAUGUCAUAAAUUAUGCCACUGAAGGGGUGAGUUCCUGGAUCGACAUGCACGCAGCCUCAGCCGACGGGCGUUUGGUGUUUGUGGCCGAUUCCGCUGGGCAUCCAAGAUACAGACGGACGACCGUCAGGGGGCUUGUAGGCUGGAAGCCGCAUUGGGUAUUGCUAUGCAUCCCUGCUGACGACGAAGUAAGAUCUUCGGGCAAAGUCGCGGAGGUUCUGGGACCUGCUGCUGGCGACGUAGAUCUCUCUGCUGCACAUUUGGAUCUCUGUCUGCGUCUUCAACUACCUCUGGUGGUCGUUGUCACAAAACUUGAUCUAGCUCAGUUGUCUGUACUUAAGGCAACUCUUGGGAAGCUGCUUUCUACUCUCAAAUCUGCUGGCAGGAAGCCUCUGAUAAUACCAAAUCCUCCUGGUACCAUAUCUGAACAACAACUACAGAGCUUCACCAAGAAAAAGGCCGAUGGCAUACGUAAGACUAUUGACUGUCUACACGAUGACCCUUUGUCGGCAGUCCCGAUAGUCUUGACAAGCGCUGUUCAGGGUUCGGGCUUUGACAAUCUGCAUGCGCUGUUGAACGAGCUUCCUAUCUCGGAGUUCCAAGAAGAGCCAUCGUCCAGUCAGGCCGGUUUGAACUCGCUAUUCCAUGUUGAAGACAUCUACAACAAAGCGCAAGAUCCAACCACUAUCAUUUUGAGUGGCCAUCUUGGUAGGGGUACCUUGACUGUGAAUCAAGAAGUUUUCUUGGGACCUUGCUCUCUAUCAAGCGGUGAUGACUCGGAAGACUCGGACACUCAACAGCGGCCUCGACUUUCGCAGACUUUGCCGACAUCUCGAUCUUUUCCCGGUGCACUUAGACCGUCGAGCAACCUCCAUUCGAUUAGUAAAGCGUCCGACCAUGAGUGGCGCAAAGUCAAGGUUGUAAGUAUCAGGAACCUGCGACUUCCUGUUUCCUCGCUUCACGCCGAUCAAGCCGGUACCAUUGGACUGGAGCUAGUGGAUGACAAGACUCUCGACACGUGGGCUACCAUCAAAAUUCGAAGAGGCAUGGUGCUCUGCAAUACACCUGCAACUUCGACCAGCACGAUUGUCGCACAGUUCAGACGAGACGACCUAGGUACCCUGGCAGUGGGGAGUCAAGUCGUACUCUAUCUCGCCAGCGUACGUUCGUCUGCCAGAAUCUUGUCUUGUAGGAUACCCGAGUUUUCUGAGCUAGCACAUGGAGAACCAUACUCGGAGAUUGUUGAGGAACAAAAUGGCUCUCAAGACGGCCAAUCUGCUGACAGGGCCGUCGCUGGUGCUGUCACGCAUCAGUUUUUGCAGGUCACUUUCCACUUCGAGUCCGCCAAGGAGUACGUCGAAGUAGGCUUGAAGAUACUGGUCAUGCCUGGAGGAGGCCCAGGCUUAUUUGGUGGUACCGAGCGAGGAGAGAAAGGCGCGGCUGGUCUAGAAGGAUUUGUUGGAAGAGUUGUUGAGAUACUCCGGUAA